GCCGCUGAGCCAAAACAUCAGCGCUGGUACCUCCUGGCUGUCACACAUCUCUGUAUGUCAGAGCUGUGCCGUCCGGUCUACUGAGGAGAAACGACUAAAGCUACUACAGGCACACACGCAUCCGCCUCAGGACCACACGUCUGUCUGCAGUUCGUCGAGUUUAUUUCUGAGAUAUGAGUCAGCGUAACACAAUAUUGAAGCUUACCAGCUAGUGGUGUGCACAGGAGAAAAGGAAGGAGAAGUUGGGGCAGCAGAGACCAUGGAGUUGUCAGAUGGCCUGUUGCUGCAGGUUAACAAUGGAGAGCAGUGGUGCAACCGCUGGAAGCACCCCAAUGAUGACUCGGACCGCAGCACCAGCCCUUCGGUCCUGCGUUGUGUCACCAGCACGUGGAAGGAGGGUCUGCUGAACAGAAAAAGGCCUUUUGUGGGCCGCUGCUGUCAUUCAUGUACACCACAGAGUUGGGAGAGGCUAUUCAACACCAGCAUUCCUUCGUUGGGACUGCGCAAUGUCAUCUACAUCAAUGAGACGCACACUAGACAGCGGGGCUGGUUGGCACGCAGGCUUAGUUAUGUGCUGUUUGUCAUGGAGAGAGACGUUAACAAAGACAUGUUCACGAGAAAUGUGGUGGACAACGUGCUCAACAACAGCAGAGUGGAGAGUGCUAUUGUGCAGGUAGCUACAGAUGUGGAUGCUCCAGCCAGUCAGCCUGGCCAGGAGCAAAAAGCUGUCAGUAAAAUAAAGCAGAAAGCCAGGUCCUUCCUCCAAGAGAUGGUGGCCAAUAUUUCACCAGCCUUCAUCAGGCUGACAGGGUGGGUACUCCUGAGGCUUUUUAAUGGUUUCUUCUGGAGCAUCCAGAUUCACAAGGGGCAGCUGGAAAUGGUCAAGAAAGCUGCAACAGAGCAGAAUGUGCCCAUGGUUUUUCUCCCAGUGCACAAGUCCCACAUCGACUAUCUGCUCAUCACCUUGAUCCUGUUUUGUCAUAACAUCAAAGCCCCACACAUUGCAGCUGGAAACAAUUUGAGCAUCCCAAUCCUCAGCACCCUGAUCCGUAAACUGGGAGGAUUCUUCAUUAGGCGAAAAAUGGAGGAGACAGGGGAUGGGAAGAAAGAUAUUUUGUACAGAUCCCUCUUACAUGCAUACACAGAGGAGUUGUUGCGGCAGCAGCAGUUUUUAGAGGUCUACCUGGAGGGCACCCGCUCUCGCAGCGGUAAACCCUCUCCGGCACGAGCAGGCAUGUUGUCUAUUGUCGUAGACACUCUGUGUACAGGAUCCAUCACAGACGUACUGGUGGUGCCAGUUGGCAUCUCCUAUGACCGAAUAAUUGAAGGCAACUACAAUAGUGAGCAACUGGGCAAGCCCAAAAAGAAUGAGAGUUUGUGGGGAAUAGCGUGUGGAGUGUUCAGGAUGCUGAGGAAAAACUACGGAUGUGUCCGAGUUGACUUCAACCAGCCCUUCUCUCUAAAGGAGUACCUGGACUCCCAGAGAAGCCGCCAUAUUCCACCUCCAGUCUCGCUGGAACACAACCUGAUGCCCAUAAUUAUCUCUGCACAGCCUGAUGCUCUACUGUUUGAUGGGCAAGGAGAGGAGCAGCAGAGCAGAGAGCUGCCCGAUGAGAUGUUUAGGAGACAGCUCAUUAACAACCUGGCCAAGCAUGUCCUCUACACGGCAAAUAAAUCAUCAGCGAUCAUGUCUACCCACAUCAUUGCCUGUCUACUGCUGUACAGACACAGACAGGGGGUGGUGCUGUCCAAGCUGGUGGAAGACUUCUUCAAUAUGAAGGAGGAGAUCCUGUCUCGAGACUUUGAUCUGGGCUUUUCUGGGAAUUCAGAGGACGUCGUCAUGCGUGCCCUCCACCUACUGGGGAACUGUGUGAAUGUGACCAGCAGUGCAAAUCGCAAUGGCGAGUUCACCAUUGCGCCCAGCCAAACUGUACCUGCGCUUUUUGAGCUCAACUUCUACAGCAAUGGCCUUUUCCAUGUGUUCAUUUCUGAUGCAAUCAUUGCCUGUAGUAUCCUGUCAUUGCAACGAGAGCUGGUUGUGGAGUCAGAGUCUGAUCAACAACCUGACAGUCCCUGUAACCUCCUUCUCAGUCAGGAGAGACUCAUUCGUAAAGCUGCUGGACUGUCCCACUUCCUUGUCAAUGAGGUGGCUGUGGCUCCUCCUUGCCAGACUAUUUACCAGGUUUUCCAUGAUGCUGUGACCCGGCUGAUCCAGUAUGGAGUUCUCUACGUAGCAGAGGAGGACCAGGAAGAGCUCAGCCCCAGUCCCACUGAGGAGCCAUGGCCCAAAAAGUUUCCUGAACCCUUAUCAUGGCGAAGUGAUGAGGAAGAUGAAGACAGUGACUUUGGAGAAGAGCAGAGAGAUCGCUACCUAAAGGUGAGCGUUUCAGCAGAACAUCAGGAGUUCUUCAUCUUCCUACAGCGGUUACUUAGCCCAGUUCUGGAAGCCUACAGCGGAGCGGCAAUCUUUGUUCACAGUCUGAGUCAGCCCAUGUCUGAGUCUGACUACACCCAGAGACUCUUCAGAUACCUGCUCACCCGCACAGAGAGGGGAGUGGCUGCUUACGGUGAAAGUGCGACUCAUUAUCUGGUUAAAAACACCGUGAAGACUUUUAAAGAGCUUGGGGUCCUAAAGGAGAGGAAAGAGAACAAGGUGAGAACUCUGCAGCUGAGCAGCACCUUUCUACCUCAGGCCAACCGGAACAAACUCCUGCAUUACAUCUUAGGUUUCAUUCUGCUGUGACCUACACAUCUACGUAAACCUGAGUCCAGCUCAUCACCCAGGCUCCUUCCAAUCAAGGGCUUCUACUGGUUACUUCUAAACAAUCCCAGGUGCUACUCUGUGGAAAGCUUUACCAGGAAGUGCCUUCACGCAAAAGCCGCUAACGGUUAGCGUUAGCUGGAAGAGACUUGAAGCCAGUCUUCCCUCUUUUGUUUCGGCGACUAUGACUUCCUGUCUUAGGACUGCGUACCACCCUUUGAGGAGGCUUGAAUCCUCCUCACUUUGUGAACUUUUGGCAGCGAAGUCAUGAGGUUUUAGUAUGAUCAAAUAUACUCAAGCAGGUUAGUAAGUGAUUAUUACUAAUUAUCACAGCAGUCCGAACAAAGCAAGCUGCCUUUGGUCUAUACAUGUUAACAAGUGAAAUAUGCAGAAAAAUAUUGUUAAACAUAACCAAUCAAACAAAGGCAUUUUUAUGUUAAGCCUCUCUGCUAGUUUAAGUAGUAACAUCACUGUAUUCUGUCCAGUCCAGAAAAUGAGAAAAUGUUUGACAAAAGUCUGAUAAUGAAAACAAUGUCCUGUAUAUAGACCCACAAGAACUAAUGUCUCUAAUUUUUUUAGUGCAUAUUAACAUCUGCACUUUGAUGUCAUCAUGUUAAAUUAUUAUAUUGGACACAUUAGACAGAUUUUCUGACUGACAGAUGCAGUGACCCAACAUAAGCAUUAAUAUUAAAAUUAUGUCUGUAUGUCCUCCCUUGUGAUAACUGCAGUCAGAAGUGUACAAUUACUGGUUUAAGGUAUCAAAGCAUAAGCGGAAAACAAACGUGACAUCCACCUGACAAAUGUAUGUACAAUUGUACCGGUACUGCAUAGUUGAACACACAAGAAUCCACAGUUAAGUGCAUUCAAACCACAAAUAUCUAAGUGCAUUCAGUUCUACUCUUCUUCAUGGGUUUUUUAUGAGAAGUGACUUUAAUCUUUGUAUUUCUAUAACACCUUUCAAAUGAAUGUUACUUUGCUUAUCACGUAAAAUACCUACUGUAAAAACCAGCCAUCACAUUCAGUUGAGUUGAAAUGCAACAAACUCAGAAACAGUUUGGUCAUGCCUUUCAGGGAAAAACCAACAUUUCAUAUAACGGAGUCUUUCCUCGUACACGAACACACUGUAUAAAGAAGCCUUUACAGCACCACAGCUGAGACGGGGGGGGUGUUUGCAGUUUUGCUCCUAUAACUGGGCAUAUGGACGUCAGAGGGAAUACACAGCAUGAGGAAAUAAAAAGGUACAUACCCACUGUGUUUUGCUUUGGAGCAAAAGGUCACAUGUUAAAUUUAAGAUGUUAGACGGGACAAAGUGUCUCUGCUGUACACUGUAUAGAAACUUGAAGAAAGGAGGAUGCAUCUCUCCUUUUAGUUGUUUACUUAUUUUGAUGUACUGCUAGAAAAGGGCAGGAAAGUUUCAGCAAAUUCAACCCUUAUCCAGGAUACUUACUCCUUAUUUUUCUUGUUUAAAGCAGCGUUUGUUUGUUUUUUAGCACCGCUGUCUUACAUUCACAUACUCCCAAACUGAAAUAAAUUUAAAACACAUACAUGAUAAUAGUCCGAGGGAUUCAAAAUGACAUGACAGACUCUGGUUAAAGUAAAACAGGGGUGAGGGUUUUUAAAUUUCUGGUUAAAUAAUGUUUUUGACCGAAACAUAAGAGAAAAUGAAUCCUCAUGGUGAACUGCACUUCUGCAUUUGGCAGCGAAACAUCUACUGGCUUUCACCGUAAUUGUAAAAUAACUCGGCCUUGUUAUGAGUUUGAAUUACACUGUAUCUGUUAAUAGUUCCUAGUUUGACAUUUGCAUUCAGUGCGCAGCAAAUGAACAACAUCGAGCUUAUUUCUGCUGUAUUAGAGACCGUAAUGAUAGAAACUGACUGAAAAAGGAAGAGUGUGUUUGGAGAGUUGAAUGGAAGUCUGACGGCGGCAGUGCUAACUAAGACGUCUUGAAAUAAAUGUCUGAUGGUACGAAGUUACACAAAUCUAUACUUAAAUAUUUGGUGACAAUGGUCUGCAGCAUUGCUUGUUACGGCUUAUUUAAAUGUUUUUCCUCAAAACACAACUUUAUUUAAUAUUAUAUACCUGCAUAUUUUCAUGCAGCUUUUCAAAUCUGUGUGGAACAAUCCGUUCAUGGGAAAAUUAUUUGUUUUUCGGGUUGAUGAAUGAUAACCAUAGCAUGUUGGAGAAAAGACGAGUAUGUUAUUUAAAUGGAAAUGUGAUGUGUGCACAAAGUUAGAUGAAGAACCACUGAAAACGUUUUCUUUGGGAUAAUAAUUAAAGCAUCUCUGAGCCUAUUUCUGAGUCUGUACGGCCCCUGAACAAAACAAAAGGGGCCCUUCUGCCAACACAGAGCCACUAUAUGUACUGUACAGCAUGUUUCCUCUGGUCGCCUUUAAUUAUCAACACUUUAAUGUGAACUCAACCGAACCUGGGAAUUGUAUUUUACAGUGUAGUGAGUGACUAGUGUUGCAGAGAGAGGUAGUUGUUUGUGUAGGAGAUCUGCUAAAUCUGUUACCUCUUGAAUGUAUCUCAUCUGUCCCCCAGAAGGUUGACGUGAUAAUAUAGAAUACCUAAUGGGGUUGGUAGAAAUAUUAUAUAGUUUUUAUGAACUUGUCAUGGGGGUUGCUAUUUAAGUUGCAUUAACAACAUCCCAAUUAUGUAACUUUGUAGGAUUAAAAAAAGAAUGCCUGUUUCAGUGGAGCAGGUGCUUUU